AUGGAGCUCGUAAGGAUACGAGGCGGCCUAGCCAAGAUGUGUCGCGAGUCUCCGACGCUCAAGUGCAUCAUCACACUUCUAAUGAUGCUAGCCGUAGUAGGAAACACGACGAGCCCAGCUGCAAGUCAGAUGAAUGCAGAGAUGCACUACGACCUGGCAGACGAGAUUUCCGAGGUCUUCGAAUCCGGCAACGUGGCCCCGCUCCUGUGUCCCAAGCCCAUCUUCCUCAUCCUCAUCCGCAUCAACAGACUGCGAUUUCAAGCCGCCAGCGACACCCCUCCUCCCCGCGGCGCUUCCCGCUCCGCCGCGGAAGAUUUACUCCGCGACAUCGAGUCCUUCACCCCCAAGGAGUGGGCCGCGACCAAGGAGACGUUUCAGGAAGAUUGGGCGCUGCUGGGCUCGGUAUACAAGAGCACGGCGGCGCUCUACUGCGUCUGCGCCUUGCAGAGCGUCUCCGUGCUCCCGACCACGGCAGCCGUCAACGCGCUCAGGGCCGGCUACCGCGCCCGGCAGCGCGCGCUCCUCGAGCAAGGGAUGGGCGCGCGGCGGGUCGUCCACAGCCUCGUGUGGCCGCUCGUGGUGGCCGGGGUGGACUGCGUUGGGGUUGGCGCGUCGAUUGCCAUCCGCGAGUUUGUCGAGAGAUCGCUGCUGGCGUUGGGCAGGGACAUUGGAUCGUUCUCGCCGAGGGUGGCCAAGGUGACGCUGAAUCGGUAUUGGGAGUCGGGCAAGUCGACGUGGGACGAGUGUUUUGAUCGGCCGUAUGCGUUCCUUGCCUAA